AUGGCUGAGAUCCGUCGCAAACUCGUCAUUGUCGGUGAUGGUGCCUGCGGAAAGACUUGCUUGUUGAUUGUCUUCUCGAAGUACAUUCCCAGAGGUAAGACCACCACUCGACCGAUCCGGACAGCAUGCGUCUAUGUCCCCACCGUCUUCGAGAACUACGUUGCCGACGUCGAGGUCGAUGGAAAGCACGUGGAACUAGCCCUAUGGGAUACUGCUGGUCAGGAGGAUUACGACAGACUUCGACCUCUUUCAUACCCGGACUCUCAUGUCAUCCUUAUCUGUUUCGCCGUCGACUCCCCCGAUUCGCUGGACAACGUUCAAGAGAAGUGGAUCUCUGAAGUUCUACAUUUCUGCCAAGGGCUCCCCAUCAUCCUCGUCGGCUGCAAGAGUGAUCUGCGUCACGAUCCUAAGACCAUCGAAGAGCUUGCGAAGACCUCUCAGAAACCGGUAACGCCAGAACAGGGUGAGGAAGUCCGCAAGAAGAUCGGUGCCUACAAGUACCUUGAGUGCUCAGCCAAGACCAACCACGGCGUUCGCGAGGUGUUCGAAUCGGCGACCCGUGCUGCUCUUCUGACUCGCAAGAGCGGCAAGGGCAAGCAUAAGUGUAUGAUCCUGUAA